AUGAUAGAAGGCAAAGAACAUUAUGAAAAGAUAGACCUUUGGUCACUUGGUGUUUUGUGUUAUGAACUUUUGACAAGUACCGCACCAUUUGAAAAAACUGGUCAUACUGCAACAUAUAAACGAAUUGCAAAAGUUGAGUUCACACUUCCUGAUCAUUUGUCAUUUGAGGCUUGUAACUUGAUUUGUUUGUUAUUACAACGUAACCCGAAACAAUGUCUACCUUUGAAAGAUGUCUUGAAACAUCCAUGGAUUCAAAAAUACCAGAAAAACCCAUAA